GCGGAAAUUGUACAGCGGGAAGGGAAAUUGUGGAGGGUAAAAUGCAAUAAUGUGCAUGGGCUGAUGAAGUGAUGGCGGGUUGGAGGCGAGGGAGCGGCCGAAAUUCUAUACAGUAGAAUGCAAUAAUGUGCCUUGUCUGAUGAUGAAGUGAUGGCGGGCUGAAGUAGGAGCCGACGAAGCGCGGGGUAGCAUUCGCGCUUCUCGCGCUUCUCGCGCUUCUCAAUUGGCAACUUGCUGUGGGUGGUUGGCGGGAAGACGGGAGGUUACGUGUUUUGAAGAAAAGCGGGGAGGGUUGGGGGAAAGAGCGGCGCGUCCCGUGGGGGGGUGGCGGGGUGGCGCCGCGAAAACUAAGUAGUCGUUCAAAAGGAGGCGGGAUACGCGGGGCGGAGGAGGAGGAAAUUGAGGGGCAUAGGGAGGACUGGCGCCCUCGAGGACGCCGCGGCGUACGCGGACGUCCUUUGAAGGGCGGGAAUUUGACCAUUCUGCUCUGCCAUCCAUCUUCUUUCUCUUCUUUUGUUUGCCACCUCUCGCUCCCAGCCUCCCUUCGUCGUCGCACUUGAUUUUUCACGAUGUGGUCCCCGCGCGGGAAGGGCUUCCCCAGGGAUCGAGUCAUCUACCGCGAUGCCACGCAUGCCGGGAGCUGGUACACCGAUAAUCCAAGGCUCUUAUCUCAGGAGCUGGAGGCGUGGCUGGCGGCAACAGCGGUGCUCAAGUCUGACAGUGCCCAGGCAGCGAUAGCACCCCAUGCAGGGUAUCGGUACUCAGGACGCUGUGCAGCCUAUGCAUUUGCUCAUAUCAACCCAAAGAACAUCUCAAGGGUCUUUCUCCUAGGCCCUUCACAUCAUUACUUCACGCGGAGAUGUGCGCUUUCCAGGGCAUCUGCAUAUCGAACACCACUUGGAGACAUCCCCAUCGAUGAAGAAGUGUACCGCGAGCUGUGGGCAACCGGCCAAUUCGAAGAGAUGUCGAGGGAUGUGGACGAAGCAGAGCAUAGCAUGGAGAUGCACCUUCCUUACCUCUACAAGGUCUUUGAAGGGCAUCACUUCACCCUAGUGCCAAUUUUGGUCGGUGCUCUUUCGCCAGAAGCUGAAGAGCGGUACGGGACUUUGCUCAGCAAGUACAUGGACGAUCCUUCCAACUUCUUCUCAAUUUCUUCGGACUUUUGCCACUGGGGGACACGGUUCAAUUACACACGCCAUGAGAAGAAGAGAGAGCCUAUAUAUAAGGCGAUAGAGGCCCUCGACCACAGAGGGAUGGAUCUUAUUGAGAUAGGAGACCCUGAGGCAUUCACUGAGUAUUUGCAAGAGUCGGAGAACACGAUCUGUGGACGGCAUCCAAUCGGCAUUCUGCUCCAUAUACUCAAGAAAUGCCGGCCGGGUCUCAGGAUGAAGUUUGUACAGUAUGAGCAAUCAAGCCACUGCAAGACUCUGAGGGACAGCAGUGUCAGCUAUGCAGCCGCUGUCACUAUCCCCAAGACAAAUGGGGCUUAAGAAAAUUUCAGUGGACCUUGGUGUUGUUUCUGUGUCGUGACUUCUGUAAAGUUAUCUGUGUUUUGUGUUUCUUCCAGUUUUACUCCUUUUUUCAACGUUUUUCAAGUUUUUCUGUUUUUGUCAUUUCGCAUCUGCUUGGUUGCAUUGAUGCCCAUCAUCUCCUCGAAAACCCACCACCAUAGGCUAUAGUCUUCAGGGGGUCUGCUGGAAGUGCACUUCUUUCUCGGAUACCUUGCUUGCUUGUUCUCGCUCCAUCAUUUUAUAUUCUUGGGCGUUGGAACUUUGAAUAACUUUUCCGUUUCUUUUUUCUUUGUCCGGUUUGCUUCUGUCGUCUGCCUGUUUUUGUACAUUAUGGGAAAGCGUUCAGCAAUCGGACUU